AUGAGCCUGCGCGCCACUCUUGCGGCGGCUCUCUGCACGGGACUGUGCUGCAGCCUCUUGGCCGCGGGCUCUGCGGGCCCUGGCGCUGCGCCCGCUGCAGCAGGCGCUGCUGCUGCUGCUGCCGCUGCUGCUGCUGCGCCGCAGGAAGCAGCGGCCGCGCCGCCGCCGCAGCCCCCCAGCCACGCCGCAGAGCCUGCUGCGCCUCUCCACAGCUCAGGCCCUCAGCACCACCCGGCCCCCCGCACUGCUGCAGAAGCAGAAGCCUCCAAAGACGGAGAGCCCAGCGGCUCGGGGGGCCCCGCGGGGGGCCCCGCGGGGGGCCCCGCGGCCGCGGGCCCCAACCUGCGGCGGCUCAAGGGCCACAGGGGGGGCCCCCGAGCUGCUAGAAACUCGAGAGUGCCCAAGUCGGCCCUGCCCGUAUCUCCCAUCAGCACGGGCUGGGGCGCCUUCCUCGUAGGGCUGGGGUCGCUGCUGUCCGCCGUGGCUCUCUGGCGCAAGACCAGCGAACUCUACCACAGCCCGCGCCAGGCCUUGCGCAAGGCAAAGAUGCGAAUCUUAGGCCAAGUGCCGGCGUCGUGGGAAGACUACGUGCGGACUUUGCCGGUGCUGGACGAAAUGGAGUUUCCGGAGUUGCGGCCUUUGCUGAAGCGGCUGGACAAGAAGCCGGUGGUGCUGAUGUCAGUGCCGAAGCCGCGGGCGCGGCUGGCCGCGUUUCUGGGGCUGACGGAGGAGCAGCGCGAAGAGGGCAUAGUGAUAAAGGGGAAGUCGACUGCGGGCUGCAGCGCGAAGGAAGUGGCCUUCGAGCUGUUUGCACACGAGAGGCUGGCGAAGGGGCUGCCGCUGUCGCUGCCGGCGCUCGGCGCCUUCCGGGACGUCGACGCAAGCACUUUGUACCUGGUGACCCCGCGGGCGCGCGCAGACGUGUCCAUGUACACGCGGCGCAUGCCGGAGAAGGUGAAGCUGCGGCUGGCCUUUGCAGAAAUGAUCUACGGGCUGUGGGGCAUGCACCGCAAGGGGUGGGUGCACCGGGACAUAAAGGGGUGCAACUACUUCGUGAGCCAGGACGGGCACGCGCUGCUGGCCGACUUCGAGGGCUUCUGGCGCAACGGCAUGCAUGCAAUCAUGUACGGCGAAGAGGUGGAGAUCAUCUUCACCGAACACUACAUCGCCCCCGAACUCACCUUCGACGGCGAGUACCAAGUCUUCGACUUCAAGACCGACGUCUACGCCCUCGGGGUCACUUUCCGCGAAAUGCUCGACUGGAUGGGCAGCCUCCCAGUGCCCCACAGGGACUUAGCCGAAGAUUUGAUUCGCCACAUGACGGACGCGGACACCGACAACCGCUACGACAUAGAGCAGUGCAUGAAGCACCCCUACUUCGACGGGCUGAACUUUGAACUUGUCGAAAAAAAGAUGUACGGAAAAGCAUUUGAGGGGACCUACCAGACUCCCUACAAGUUCCUGUGA